CUCGUGCUGCAGAGGACGUUUCUCCCUUGGCUAUCUCGGUACCCAGCAUCGUCUGUGUUUGAGGCCGUUGUUGUUGUCCCCGUCUCUAGUCAUUUGAGAAUCAAGACGGCGUUCCAUUUCCCCUUGAAUGGAGCAGGGACCUGGCGCGGCGACCGGGGGGAGUUUCAUUUCCCUGAGCGAGAAUGAACAAAGAUGUUACUCAGGACUGUACACUCUCUGCCAAGCUGACAGCUCAGGCAAACUAGCGUCGAGCAAAGUGGGAGAGCUGUUCAGGGCAUCCCAGUUGCCGGCCGAAAUCCUACAUCAAAUCACAGAGGUCUGCGGCGCUAAGCGGCUAGGCUACUUCGGCACCGGCCAGUUCUACGUGGCGCUGAAGCUCCUGGCUGCUGCACAGUCCGGCUUGCCCGUCCGCCUGGAGAGCAUCACGGGAGACCUGCCCCUGCCCAUAUUCGCCGGGGUGAAGAGUGAGGCAGAGAUGCGCUUCCCCAACCAUUCCUCCCAGGCCAGUGACGGUCAGACUCACCCACUCAGCACCAAUGCAGGGCCAGUCCUGCGCGCGGUCACCAUGACCGCCACCGACAGACCUGCCUUCAGACCGCCAGAAAACAGCAUGGAGAAACAGGUGAUAGAGGAGCCAUGGUCUCCACCGCGUUCCCCCUGCACAUCCCCCCCUCAGUCGCCCUCCACCUACUGUCGCUACGGCUACAGCGCCCAGAGAAACGGCACCGAGCCGCUAGUGGGGUACGAGGGUAAAUAUCCAGCCCGGCCCGCCAUGCUCCAGGAGAACUCCUCACCCAGUCACUACAGCCACAAGCCCGCCCCAGAGCAGCCCGCCAUCACAAGGGCCCUGUCCACAGAGAGGCUCACAGACGGAGCCACAGACGACUACUCCGAUGACCCCUGGAGGAUCACAGAGGAACAGCGCGACUACUACACCAACCAGUUCAGGACCCUGCAGCCCGAUCUGGGAGGUCUCAUUCUGGGAACUGUUGCAAAGAACUUCUUCACCAAGUCAAAGCUUCCAAUACCCGAACUUUCCCAUAUAUGGGAGCUGAGUGAUGCGGACCGUGACGGAGCACUCACAUUCCCCGAGUUCUGCACGGCGUUCCACCUCAUCGUGGCUCGGAAGAACGGAUACCCACUCCCCGAAAAGCUCCCCCCAUCCCUGCGACCCAGCCUCCUCGCAUGCGGCGAGGUCACUGUAGAUUCUCCCAAGAUCAUUCAGCCGCUCAUUGUAUUUGAGGAUAGCACACCUAGGGCCAUCCAGCAGGAAAAAGGCAUGGUUGAAAUACAGCAGGCCAGUCCUCUGCCAGCCCUGACUACAUCAAAGCCUGACGUUAGGGACGAGGCCAGAAAGUCAGAACUGAGCCCAAAGCGAGCGGUGGUCACUGUGGCGACCCAGGAGAAGCCCGUCCAGCACGUCCUGCCUGUCAGCGCUGCCAACCUCAAACCAGAUCCCCCAAAUGAGUUGGAUCCCAACAUGAAGUCACGAACGAGGCCCAGGUCGUACUCCAGCACCUCCAUAGAUGAUGCCAUGAAGAAGGUGGAGGAGCCCCCCACCCCUCCACCGCGGCCCCAGAAGAGCCACUCACGCGCCUCCUCUCUGGACCUCAACAAGCUCUUUCAGCAGGGCAGCCAGGGUGUAAAGAGUGGCUGGUUACCACCUCCCCCAGCUCUCCCCCCAAGACCCCCAGCUACACAGAUCCCACACUUCCUCCCCGCCGCAGACAAGCCUUCCCAGAAGGCCGUGCAGCAGCCCAACUUUGCCGACUUCAGCAGGUUCAGAGAGGAGGAGGAGGCAGGUGUACACCCUGCGAGCCAAAGUCCCCUCCGCAGGGCAGCGGGCCCCAGCACAGAGGACCUGGGACCACCCAAACCGGAGCCCUCAGUGGGCACCCAAGGCCACGCCCCUCAGAAGCCAGUGCGCAGGAAGUACCGGCCGGAUAGCCAGAACCUAGAAGCCACGCCACCUGCUACCGCCCCCUAUCCACCUGCACCUGCCGCUACAGCCACUGUCACCGUCACCACCAGCAAACCAGCACAACGGUUGGCCCCCAAACAGAAGCGAGAGAUCCAGAUGGCCAUCAGGAAGAACAAGGAGACCAAUGCCGUACUGACCCGCCUCAACAGUGAGCUUCAGCAGCAGCUCAAGGUGGUUCAUCAGGAACGGGUGACACUGGAGUCCCAGCUUGAGCUUCUCCGACCUUUGACCUCCACGUGACCUGGCCUUCCACACCAUGUCGUGGCCAAGAAAUGUACCCUCCACACCGCACAGGGAGGUCAGCAGACAAAAUGGCCAAACAUUCAAAGCACCCCGGUCAUUUCCCUGAUCUCUGACACUAGCUCAAAGACUGACUGACUGACUGGAUUUUUAAUCUCAGAGGAUCCACUCUGAAAUAUCAUUUGAUGAAUGUGAAAUGUGAAUGAGGCUAAAGUACUGCUUGGUAAUCACCCAUUGUCUAAAGUGACAUUACAAAAUCUCUGUAGCUCUGUAACACCCAGAGGGCCAGGAGUCAUCAAGGACACUGAGAAGAGAAAGUGGUCCCAGUAGCUCAAGGUACAAUAUUAUAACCUGGCCUAAAUCUACUAUGCUAUUGUUUUUUUAGGAGACUGUCCACAAACGGAGACUGUGACCAUGAAAUGUUACAUAUGCAGCUUGUUAAUAAGUUCCUGUUAUGUUGACUUGCAGAUUGAUGUUGUGUCGUUGAAACUGUUUCUUACUUACUGUCUGAUUUUGAGUUGUGUUGAUGGGUAAUGAUUGAGUCCUGAUAUGAUGUCAGCCUCAUCCAUGUUGGUGUGUCUCUGACAGAUGAAGCACAGUUGGUCUGUACCACCAUGCUCUCGUACUGGGUGCAUAGUGUACCUGUCUGCUAGGUAACGCUCGUGCCUCUGGCCUGUCACUGCUGCAGAGAUCUGUGCCCUCCACAGAGUUGCACAUCCAUAUUGAAAUGGCACAGGUUAAGUCACCAUACGUGUGUGUGUGUGUGUGUGUGUGUGUGUGUGUGUGUGUGUGUGUGUGUGUGUGUGUGUGUGUGUGUGCGUGCGCAUGUGUGUGUGUUCACACAACAUUGACGAUGGUGCUAGCCAUACAUCCCUUACAGUAGUCUAUCUGUGUGUAUAUGUUUGUGUUUGAACAGUAGCAACAAACUUUUAUUUUUGACAAAAAAAUUGACACAUACAGAGAUUGUGUUCCAUGGCAGUGAGUUGCAAAUGAUGGAUGUAUAUGCAAUGUUAUGUUUCUUAGAUUGUACAUAGACAUUGGUGCAUUACUCUUGAAUGACAUUUGCACAGUAAGUAUACAUAAGCACAAGUAAGACAUGAAAGUAAUAGACAAUGAAUGAUUCAAUAUGUUUAAUUCUGCAAGGCAGUCUUGUUUUGAUUCAUUAUUCCCACAUUUUUUACUUCCCAAUUAUUUCUUCAUUGUUCAUGUUGUUUAUUUAUUUUGUAGAUGUUGUUGUUGUUGUUGUCAUUGUUCAUGUUGUUGUGUUCUUUGACAACAUUCAUUAAGUGAAAGCUAGUGUAAUUACGCUAACAACCUGAUGGUCUUGAUUAAAGGGCAAUGAUUUAAUUUAAUUUGAUUUGACAAGAAAAAAAUACCCAAUACAAAAAGAAAACAAAAAGAAUGUUUGAAAGAAAUGUAUUUUUUUCUAUAAAGUAAUGCCUGUAUGUGCUUGAUUUGUUUUCUAUGCAAAAUGAUGCUAUUGGCCAAGCUUGCAUUUUGGCCUUAUUUUUUGAUACAUCUCAUGUGUACAUACUGAAACAGAACCUGACCAUGUCUCCAGAAUGUGGCUCAAUAAAAUAGUUUGUGAAGACA